AUGAGUGAUGACCAAGUGUGCGGCUUUCACAAAGUGAAAGUCACCAUAUUGGCUUCUGAAUGGGGAUCAAGCAAAGGGGGGCUUUCUACCAUAAACAGAGAAUUAGCUCUUCAGUUAGCCAAAUGCCCUGAAGUGGAAAUCACUUUCUUUUUACCACAAUGCAGUCAAGAGGACAGGAAGGUUGCCUUACAAAACAAUGUGAAGAUCGUGGAGGCAGCACCACUACUUGGCUUUGAACAACUGGAGUGGCUUAGCUUCCCUCCAGAUCAUCUGCAAAUUGAUAUUAUUGUGGGUCAUGGUGUUAAACUUGGUAAACAAGUACAAAUCAUAAAAAAAUUUAAAAAGUGCAAAUGGCUUCAAGUGGUCCACACAGACCCUGAAGAACUUGGGAUGUUUAAAAACUAUUCCAACCCAAUUUCAAAGGGCGAAGAAAAGCACAAGACUGAAGUAGAACUGUGUAAAAUGGCGGAUCAUGUUGUAGGAGUUGGGCCCAAGUUGAGUGAGGCCUUCCGCUCAUAUCUUCGUAGCUGUAAAAAAGAUGACACUGUUCUUGACUUCACUCCUGGAGUAUUUGAAGAGUUUGCAGCCUUGAAGCAGGUUCCCAGUGAACGGCAACAACGUAGUGUCUUAGUGUUUGGUCGGGGAGACGUAGAAGAUUUUGAAUUAAAAGGGUUUGACAUUGCAGGAAAAGCGAUUGCUGCAUUAGAAGAUACUCGUCUUGUGUUUGUUGGAGCCCCCGAUGGAAAACACGAAGAAAUAGCAAAACGGUUGACUGAAUGUGGUGUUCCUGAAAGGCGUUUGAGAGUAAGAGGAUUUGUUAAAGAGCGAGAGAGUUUGAAGGACUUGUUUCAAGAAGUGGAUCUUGUAAUCAUGCCUUCAAGAACAGAAGGCUUUGGAUUGACAGGACUUGAGGCCCUAUCAGCUGGUCUCCCUGUGCUUGUCAGCAGUAACUCUGGUUUUGGAGAAGCUUUGUGUUGUGUAGCUUUUGGUUCAACAUAUGUUGUUAACUCAGAUGAACCCAUGGAUUGGACCUCAGCUAUUAAGAAAAUCUGGGCCAAGGACAGGAAAAGUCGACUGGAGGAAGCGAAAAUGUUGCGUGAUUCCUUUGACAAAAAGUACAACUGGGCAAAACAGAUUAAAGAUCUUACUGAGAAGAUGAUCAGUUGGGUUCACGGUAUGAAUGUCAAUUUGAUCAUGUACAUUAUUUUAAUCAUGUAUUACUUUAUUAAUUUGCACAAAUUAUGUCAAGUAAUAAAUAUUAUUAUUAUUUAGAAAAUGAAUUGAAUUCUAUUAAAUUUAUUCUUAUUGUUAUCAUUUUAUUAUUUAUUUAUUUAUUUUUCUUUUUUUCCUGCAAAAAAAUAUUUUCCAUCAUACAUUUGAGAGCUUGCUGGUUGAAAGUGGUUUUUUGGGUGACAGACAGCAACUAGGAGUGGACAGUGGUUUUACUCAACAAAUUGUCUCUAUAAGAGGGUUAGACACCUAGUAAUACAAAAUAUUAUGGUAGACCCAUGGUUGUGUCAUGGCAUGUUAAGAAGUAAAAGCCUUAAUUCCAGUUGCCAUUUGCAUUGCAGGUUUGUCAAUUAAACCCAUAACCUGUAACACCUGGAAAAGGUCUUGAAAAAUAGAAAAAAAGUCUAUGGAAAAAUAGUAAAAACUCUGGACCUUUUUUUCAUAGCUAUACAACAAUAUAAAAUUGCUUAAUAAGUGAUUUUUUUCCCUGUGGUCAAUUUCCAUUCAAUCCCCCCUGUACUGAAGACAUUUAAUCACAGAAUGUCCACAUUGUACCUUGUUUACCAUAUGUUUUCAGUGCAUCAUGAAAAAAGCUUGGAUCUGGUGUUUUUCAAGGUGUUUAGUGAUCACCUAUUAAUUUUGUUAACCUUGAAAUUAUCUGGAAAAGUAAAGUAUUGUUUUGGAAUAAGUCUGCACAAACCCUGUAGUUAAAAAGCUUGUAGAAUUUGGCAACGGUUAAUUACUUAUAGCAACCAUAAAAAGUGAAAAUUUUGGUUAAUGAAUUUUUGUUGUUCUCCCUUAUAGAUCCUGAAUCAACUCACUUUGUUUGCACUAAUGAGAGAUUAAAUUAUCCACAUUUAUGUCGUCUUCUAAUCACCUUGGGUUCAGAGGCACUCAGGGCAACCUUUGACAAAAUAAUUCCACCACAGAGUCUUCAUAGGUGUUUGAAACAUCAAGCACACUCUAAACUGUUGUUACUUCGAAAGCAAAGGGUGUUGAACUCACUGCAGUGGAGUAAAUUGUAUCCUUCGUCAUCCUCUGAAGUGACAUCUGCAAGCUUUGAUAUCUCCCUCUUGAUAGUGCUCUUAAGAACAAUCUGUAAUCUGAGUCCUCCACCCACUGGCUGGGACACACCUCCUCUCACAGCAGACACCAGUCGUGAGUCUGACAUUGUCCGUGUUAGGUGUUUCCUGAAUGCUGUGUCUAAACAUGCUGGAGACGGCUUUAUCAAUGAUGCUGUGUUAAGUAACUACUGGCAGCAGAUUCGUGACACUUUGUUGAGAUUGGGAGGAGCCCAUUAUGGAGAUGCCAUUGACGAAAUAAGGGAUCAGGAAAUGGACCCUCUGGAGGAAGAACAUUUCAGGGAACUUCUAAAGCAGUGGAAGAAAGUGGAGGACAAUAUCAAAGACAAGCUGAGUGAACUCGAAAGUGAAUUUAAUGAGUCAGGUUAGCUUUAGUAUUAUAUAUGUGUGCAUUGAUCUUGCUGUUAUAUAACUGACUCAAUAAAGGUUGCUUUGGGCAUAAUAUGGUAAUUGGGCACUGGAAAGGUAUUGUUUGUUGGUCACUCAAGCAAAUCAUUGAAUUCUUCUGUAUGCCCAAAUGCCCAAUGCCCAAUCGCUAAUGACCAAUAUUGUCAAAGCAACCUCAAUUGAAUUGGGUGUAUCAAAGAUUCAGAGCAUCUUGGCUGCACUUGCUCAGCAGUCUUGAUUCCUAAAAAUAAACAGAAAUCUUGUUAGUAAGCAUUCUUUUAGGUAUACAGUUAUCUAGUAAUACAGUGAAACCUGUAUUAAGCGGACACCCUCAGGGAAUGCUGUAGUGUCUGCUUAAUACAGGGUGUCCGCCUGAUACAGGUUUCGAUAGAUAAUGUCAUAUGAGGUGUCAAAUGCCAAUCAAAUGAACAGUAGAAACGUUUAGAAUAUUCCCAGAGACUAUGACGAUAUACGCUUGCAUUAAUUUCUUUAUUAAAGUGGACCAAUUGAUCAUAGUACCAAAAACAUAUAUUAUAACUCAAAUUUGAAGAAAUCAGAUGAGUGAAACAAGCUCUAUAGAAACAAAAUGAAAUAGAAAACAAUAAUGUGCAGUGAAACUAAUCAAAUAAGUUCGUCAAGUCGCAUUUUUUAAUGUAAAAUCGAAAAAUUUGUGGGUGGCAAUCUUUCACAUUUCUGGCGUCUGGCAUGAUAUGUUGGGUGGUGGAAUUUAAUUACAAGUGUCCGUUUAAUACAAGUGGUCAACAAUAGAAAUGACCAUUUCAGGCACUUUUUAGGUGUCCGCGUCCGCUUAAUAGAGGUGUCCGCUUAAUAAAGGUUUUAUGUAAAGUAAAUAAGGGAAAUAAAUUUGGGGACUUCGGCUACUGUCCGCUUUAUAGAGGGUGUCUGCUUAAUACAGGUUUCACUCUAACCAGUGAGUGUGGGCGACAGUGAUUCAAAGUUACCACGCUCUAAUUCUUUCUUCAAUUCUGUGCUUUACGGAAGUUUCACGUGAUAGCUAGGUAGUCAAAACAUGUGAUCGGAUAUUUGCCAGUUCUGUGUGUUCCUUUCAUAAUUUUUUAGUGGAGGUCCAAACGUAGCUGUUCGAAGCUACAUGGUUACAUAAGUUCCAUGCAUACGUAAUUUCAAGCUGUAGAUCAGAAUAGGCCACUUGCACAAAGAGGUCACGUGACCAAUGCCGCCUUUAAACAAUGAGUUGGAAUCUUGCUUAUGCCAAAAAUUGACAGAGCACAUAAAAAGUAUCUUACCCCCGAAAUUUGAAAGGUAACGCAUUUAAGGGAAAUAUUUUAUGGUACUUUGAUUUUUCAACAAAGUAGUAUGAUUUGUAUUGGCCGCCAUGUUGAAGGGCAUACUCUUGCCCUCCAACAUGGCGGCCAAAACUACUUUUUGCUUAUAUCUUGUUAAACGUUUGAUAGUUACGCUCAGAUGCGCUGUAAACGUUACCACAUUAUCUUUCAACAUUUUCCUUGAAGUCUAAGUGCAAAAUUUGAGUUCAGAAAUAGGCAAUUCAUAAUUUUAAAAAUCACAUUUUGUUCACGUGACCAGUUACGAACUUACUCAUUUUAAGAAAAUGGUGCGGGUUUGAAAAACCAAAUCACUAUUAUUUUGUUUAAGAUAUGACGCACUAAUCGUUUUUCGAAGGCAAAAUCAUAUAACUUUCAUUUUCAUAAAAAUGAUGUCACAUGACCUCUCAGUGCAAAUGGCCUAUUAUGGGCUCCUCUUGUCGCCCACAGUAAUUAUUGAUUAAUGUGAGUUAAAUGUAAGGCUUAAAGAUGAAGCCUUUGAUACCCUGUGUUCAGCUUUUCCUUGUUGCAUGGAAGCAUGAAAUAGGUCAUAGUAUCAUCUCCACACCACUGAAUACAUGUAGUUACCAGGCUUUUUGACUUGAACAAUAACAUUCGAAUUAUUGUAAGCUGUUUAAGAUACCGUAAAAUUCCGAAAAUAAGCCCCUCCAAAUAUAAGCCCCCCAAUCCGGUAACGCAAAAAACCCUCCGUUAAAUCGCCCCUCCAAAUAUAAGCCCGCCGGGGGCUUGUACUUGGAAAAUUGCCCUCAAAUACAAAGUAAAGCAAGGCCAAAACGGUAAAUUUACUUCCACCUAUAAGGCUAGCCCAAUCGAUUUGGCAAAUUUCCCUCCGUAGAUAAGCCCCUCCGAAUAUAAGCCCCUCCAAAAAUAAGCCCCUCAAAAAGGGCCUUUGAAAAAUAUAAGCCCCGGGGCUUAUUUUCGGAAUUUUACGGUAUACUGGUAACUGAUCAUGGGGUAAUACUGGGUCCACAUCCCACUAACUUUAGUGCUGCAACGAUAUUUUCAUAUUUUUUCAGUUGGAUUCAAAACAGAAUCAUAAAGUACUUCCCUUAUUGCCCACCGUAAUAAGCAAGCCUACUGUGUAACAAGUCAAAUACUUGUUCUCAUGUCAAGCUUCAUCUUCAUCUUUCAGAUUUGUCAUACCCAAGCGACAUUUUAGAGAAGAUCCGUCAACUGUAUAGAACACGUGAACAACGCUUUCUGCCUGUACCUUGGUGUGAAGAUUUCAGCUUUCAUUUGAACGAUAUGUUUACUAGACUUAAAAUCGUUGGUAAAGAAAAGUCCCGAGGAGUACUUACUGACGAGAUAACCAAUAUGACUGCUAUCUUUAAGGCGCACGCAGAAUGUCAAAGCCCCCGAACAGUCUUGAUCGAGGGAGAUCCUGGCAUGGGAAAAACCACAUACUGUCAAAAGCUGGCGUAUGAUUGGGCAACUAAGCACGACGAAUGGGACCCGUCUUUUCCAGAUAUUGAAGUGCUACUGCUUCUCAAAUGUAACGAAUUUCAAACCAGCAUCUGGGAGGCUAUUGAUGACCAAAUUUUACCCGAGGAAAUGGAAGAUCAAGCUAAGGAAUGUUUCUUUAAAUUCAUUCGCGAAAAUCAGUCAAAAGUUCUUUUAGUUCUCGAUGGAUUGGAUGAAGUGGAUGCAAGUAACCUCAAAGUACUCUCCAACCUUGUUCAAGGUAAAGAACUUUCAGGUUGCUACAUUGUUGUGACAUCUCGUCAUGAGGCUGGAAGUAAAGUAAGGAGGUACUGUGACACUCUGUGGGAAAUUGAAGGAUUUACCAAGAAAGAUGCAGAAAGCUUUAUUCUUAAAUACUUUAAAAACAUCAACAAAGAGCACUUAGCCUGGAAACUUCUAAAGAGCAUAUGGCAUGUGCCCUUUCGAUUUGAGUCGCAACAGGAUAGAGACCUGAGUGAAUUGACAAAAAGUCCCUUAAACACUGCCUUACUGUGUGUUGUUUGUGAGGAUUUUGAGGGCGUGUUUCCAACGAGCAAAACUGAAUUGUACACAGAGAUUGUUCUUUGUGUUUUAAGAAGAUAUGAACAAAAGCAAGGUUUAGCGAGCAAGAAUGAAGACCUGAUGACCGUUUACAAAAAAGAAUUAAUAGAUCUUGGAAGAAUGGCAUUAGAAUCUCUUCUAAAAGGAGAGUUGUAUUUUGAAGAACAUAAAUCUGACGGUGGCUUCAUUGUCUUAUCCAAGUUCGGAUUCCUUUCACUUCAGGCUGGUGGUAGUAAGAGGAAAGUUGUUGUACGUUAUGCAUUUCUUCAUAAGAGCUUUCAAGAGUUCUUUGCUGGUUUCUAUCUUGCUUACAAACUCAUUGAAGGAGAAAUUGAGUGCAAAUCAGUGGUGACUGACCAAAGAUACAAGAACGAACUAUAUCAAGUCUUUUUAUUUACGAUCGGAAUUUUAGUUUCAACAAGUGAGAAAACCGCAGAGUCUCUCGUAACAUAUAUGGCUAGAAAUAUCAGAAGUCUUCAGUCUGCGAAAGGCGUUUCAAAGCGUCUUGUAUUUUCAUUAGGUUGUUUAUCAGAGUACGAAAGUUUAGUUUACACCUUAGGAGAGCACCUUCACAUUCCUUAUUUGAAUUUGAAGUCAGAAAUAGAGGAAGAUGCUAUUGUUUUUCUUUCGAAGGCCCUUGCAGUAAACUCCUCCUUAACUUAUUUGGAUUUGCGUGGGAACAGAAUUGGUUCUUCUGGAGCUGCGUCUCUUUCCCAGGCUCUUGCAGUCAACUCCUCCUUAACUAAUUUGGAUUUGAGUAUUCCUUAA